UCCUGGUUUUUCCCUCCUUUUCUUUUCUCCUCUCGCUCCCCCAAGAAGUUUAUUCUUUUGAAGGUCAAUCUCAUUUUAUUAUUCAUCAGUGAAUAAAUAAAGAACCUCCCCUUCCUAGCAUAUAUUUUGCUCCAAACCCCUUCUCCCUCAUUUCCUCUUCACUUCCCCUCCCUCCUUCUUCCCAACCCACUGAUUGCUAUUGGCAAAUUUAGGAAUUUGAUUAUGAGCCAAGAAUGAAAACUAACAGCAGAGGCUUUUCACAUCCCUGUAUGAAUGAGCAUGACUCUGUGGCUAAAUCCAUCAGCAGCCUAAAACCUGAGUGGAGAUGGAAGAAAACUAAAUUGGAUCACCCAGUUUUUUUCCCAGGAUCAUCAGGACAGGGCACGACCCUUAGGAUGGAUUCUUCCAAAUCUGACUAUGAUGCAUACUUUGGCAAAGUCCACGGAAUUCUAAUGUAUAAAGACUUUAUAGAAUAUUGGGAUGAUGUGGAUACAUUCCAGGCAAGACCAGAUGACAUUGUCAUUGCCACGUAUCCCAAAUCUGGUACAACCUGGGUUAGUGAAAUUGUGGACAUGAUCUACAAAGAGGGCAAUGUGGAAAAAUGCAAAGAAGAUGUCAUUUUUAAUCGAAUACCCUAUUUGGAAUGCAGAAAAGAAGAGUUAAUGAAUGGAGUAAAACAAUUAAAACAGAUGGCAUCUCCUAGAAUAGUGAAGACUCAUCUGCCAGCUGAACUUCUUCCAGCCUCAUUUUGGGAAAAGAACUGUAAGAUGAUCUAUCUUUGCCGGAAUGCCAAAGAUGUGGCUGUUUCUUAUUAUUAUUUCUUUCGAAUGGUAGCUGCUCAUCCAGAUCCUGGAUCUUUCCAAGAGUUUGUGGAAAAAUUUAUGGAAGGACAAGUGCCAUAUGGUUCCUGGUAUAAACAUGCAAAAUCUUGGUGGGAAAAGAGAAAUAAUCCACAAGUGCUAUUCCUUUUCUAUGAAGACAUGAAGGAGGAUAUCAGAAAGGAGGUGAUAAAAGUGAUACAAUUUCUGGGAAGACAGCCGUCAGAGGAGCUUGUGGACAAGAUUGUACAACACACUUCAUUCCAGGAGAUGAAGAACAAUCCAUCUACCAAUUAUACAACACUACCAGAUGAAGUCAUGAACCAAAAAAUUUCUCCCUUCAUGAGAAAGGGGAUUGCAGGAGACUGGAAGAAUCACUUUACGGUAGCUCUGAAUGAGAAAUUUGAUAUACAUUAUGAGCAGCAAAUGAAGGGGUCUACACUGAAGUUAAGAACUGAAAUCUAAGAAGAGUUUCUUAAUAUAUAUGAGAUUAAAGCUUUCUUUUCAUCAUUCUUCACUUUUUUCAAAGUUUAGGUUGGUAGAGGGGUGCCUGGGUGGCUCAGUUGGUUAAGUGUCUGACUUGAUUUUGGCUCAAGUUGUCAUCUCAGGGUUGUCAG